AUGGGAAAUUUCUUUAGCUCAAUGUUCGAUCGCCUCUGGGGCGUAAACAAGGAAAUGCGUAUAUUGAUCCUGGGGUUGGACGGCGCUGGUAAGACAACGAUCUUAUAUCGGUUACAGAUGGGAGAGGUCGUAACUACGAAACCUACCAUCGGAUUCAAUGUGGAAACACUAGUGUAUAAAAAUCUCAAGCUGAAUGUGUGGGACCUUGGUGGCCAGACCAGUAUCAGACCAUAUUGGCGAUGCUACUACUCCAAUACUGCCGCAGUUAUCUUCGUGGUGGAUUCCACGGACAAAGAUCGUAUGGCUACUGCAUCUAAAGAAUUGCAUAUGAUGCUGCAAGAGGAAGAACUGCAAGACGCAGCGCUGCUAGUCUUCGCCAACAAGCAGGAUCAGGCGGGCGCUUUGAGCGCUUCGGAAGUGUCCAAACAACUCAAUCUCGUCGAAUUGAAGGACCGCAGUUGGAGCAUAGUAGCCUCCAGCGCUAUCAAAGGUGACGGAAUAUCCGAGGGCCUCGAUUGGCUGAUCGAUGUGGUUCGGGAGGAACAAUUGUAA